AUGAAUGGGUAUGGGGGUGGUAAUGAGAGAGAGGGAGAAAAGGAGAAAGGAUCUCCUAGUGAGGGAGAGAGAGAUCGACGAGGAGAGGAGCCGAUGGCUGGGCUCAGCCUCGUCGGCGUCGUCGCUGGGCUGGGCUGGGCUCUGCUCGUCGAUGCCGGCGGGGUUCUCCGUCGAAUUGGGUGGCUUGGACGAAUUGCUCUCAUUAAGGGUUCUUUUGUUCGCAAUGCCAAGCCUAUUCCCAUCCAUACUUUCUCCCCUCAACAACCCCGCCAAGCAACCAACAAUUAUCCUGCUGAACAUCUGGGAAUUUAUUGGUACAAGGGUUCUCUUGAAGGACGAAUUGUUCUCAUUAAGCGUUUAGAUCAAUUUUCCGAUUUAGCCAUCAAUGAUUUAGUGAUUUCUGCAAAAAUGAGUGGUCACAGCAAUGUUUUAAAGCCCAUAGGCUGUUGUCUCCACACUCCAUCUCCCAUUGCAGUGUUUGAAUAUGCCGCCAAUGGUAUCCUUGCAGAUCGAAUUUAUGUCUCCCACCGACGUCAGCCAAUGGUGUGGGAGAGAAGGUUAAAGAUUGCAAGGCAGAUUGCUCAUGCUCUUUCUUAUCUCCAUACUGCCUUCCCAAGACCUGUCAUCCACAUGGCUAUACAUACGACAAAUAUCUUAUUAGAUGAACAUGAUAUUCCCAAAUUGUCCGACUUUUAUUUUUCUGUAUCAAUUCCCGAGCGUGAAACUGACGUGAACGCUCCUUUUGUUUUAAGGUUCUGCGCCCCUGAGCUUAAAGCAACAGGCAAGGUAACUGAGAAAGCUGAUGUAUAUGAUUUUGGUCUGAUUCUUCUAGAACUUUUAACUGGAAAGGAUUCUUGGCAAAUAUCUAGAUUGACAAUUGAUAAAGAUUCUAGUUUAGUAGCAUACAUACAUAACCGUGCUCAAGGUAGUUGCAUAAACGAGAUUGUGGAUCAUGCAAUCUUGGCUGAAGGAGGUGCUAGUUUACAGUACCAAUUACAGGCUGUGGCAGACCUUGCCUUGACAUGUACAAAAGAAGAUCCACAAAGAAGGCCAACUAUGGUUGAUGUCACCAAACAACUCAGGCGGAUUGAGAGAUUCACACAGGAAUGUGAGGCACUUUUGGGAAGUUUGCAGAAUUUAAAGCUUCAUGAGCGUCUUGAAAUGUUAUUAUGGAAGAUUGCAAAUGAUAUCUUACCUACAGAAGCUCGAAUGAAGCCAACAUGUAAGAUGGAAACUACUUGCUGUCCUUUGUGUGAAACUGAAGAAGAAACAUGCCUGCACUUGUUCAAAAACUGUUCUGUAGCAAAAGCAGUUUGGUUUAGCUCAAGCUGGGGGCUCUUUAUUGAGUCAUUGAAUGCUAAUAACAGCUUUGAUCUCAUUAAGAGUAUAGUCAGUCCUCCAGCUAAUGUGUUACCUGAGCAGGUCACCAAGGACAGCAAAAAUUAUCGAUCACAUUUGGAGUUUGAGAAAUCAAGUGGUGUGCGAGAAUAA